AUGGGCAAUCUUCUCUUUGCUCUUGCAGUUUUCAUUCUGCUACAUGACCAUACUUCCUUUGCUACUGUUCCCAAUAUUAGCACCGAUGAAGCUGCUCUUCUUGCAUUGAAAUCUCACAUUUCUUUUGGUCCUAAUAAUAUCUUAGCAAGAAACUGGUCUUCUUCAGGCCUAGUUUGUAGCUGGAUUGGAAUCACUUGCAGCUCCCGCCACCAUCGAGUUACUGCUUUAAACAUUUCUAGCAUGCAACUUCAUGGUACCAUUCCUCCACACCUCGGAAACCUCUCAUUUCUUGUUUCCCUCGACAUCAGUAACAACACUUUUUAUGGAGAAUUGCCACAAGAAUUGGCUCAUUUGCAGAGGUUGAAAUUGAUUGAUGUCACAAGCAAUAACUUCACCGGAGCCAUUCCAUCGUUUUUACGUUUGUUACCAAACCUGCGGUUUCUGAACCUUUCGACAAACCAAUUUUCAGGGGAAAUUCCAUCAUUCCUUUCCAAUCUAACAAAGCUAGAAGAGUUGAGAAUAAAGGAAAAUUUUCUCCAAGGAGAGAUCCCUAGAGAACUCGGUGAUCUUCGUUAUAUGGUUUUCUUAGACCUGCAGUCUAAUCAGCUUAGUGGCUUUAUACCACCAUCAAUCUUCAACAUUAGAACGAUGCAAAAAUUGGUCUUACAGACAAUAAACUUACUGGUAAGCUUCCAACAACUAUAUGUGAUCAUCUUCCAAACUUGGAAGGGCUUCACCUCUCAAAAAACCACAUAG